UGUUCUGGUGGCGGGCAGGGUGCAGCGCGAGACACGGAGCGACUUGCAGGGCGGGCAGGGUGGGCGGGCAGGGCAGGGCAAGGGCGUCGCGAUCACAAACCGCUGUAGAGUGGUUGUUCGAGAUGGAUACUCCACUCCAGACGUAGUGCGGAUGCUUACCUUGUCUCGAGCCUGCUAGUGCCAGAUGCCCUCUGCACCCGGCCCAGCAUCCACUCGGCUCAGAACAGCAAUCCGCAAGAAAGCCCCCACACUGUCUUGCCCAAGGCCGCAUCCUCAUACACGCGCGUCACUCUGCCCGUUCAGACUCACCGGAAGCAGCCGAGCGCUGAUGAGGCGUCUGCCUCUCUACUUGCGACCAUCAGCACCGCGCUUCAAGCUGCGACACAGUCACAGACCACAUCACUCCCCGCAGUGCCCGCACGAACCGCCACUCAGUGGCGUCUGCGUUCGGCACCCCCUCCCCGCUAUUUACGCCUUCUGAGCAGAUGACGCCAAUAAUUGGCCCUUCCAGGUCUCGUGCAUGUGGCGAAGAAAAGAGAGACGCUGCGUG